AUGAUGGGCCCGAGGCCUGGUUUCUGGAUCCGGUAUUGUGCCGUUUUUCCAGCCACCGCUGCGUUGGUCUUGAUCUUCCAAACUCUUUCAACAAUUUCUUUCCUAAUCACCGGAUAUGACGAGCCGCCCCCACCGCGCGCUAAUCGAGGCUUUAUCAAACUGGAAGCCAGGACGAUUGUUGAUCUUCAAAAGAUGGACGACAUCAAGGCGGUCAUCUACCCAAAAAAUCUGGACGCUGAGGUUCAUUCCGUGACGCUUGGGAUCGGGAAUGAUACGGCUGCUGAGAAAAGGUUAAAGUCCCGGCUCCCGAAUGCCAUCUUCUACGGCGCCGACCCCCUCGAGGAGACGGCCGCCAUUUUUCGCAAGCUAGGAAAGGUAUAUACGGUAGGUUACUGUAUUUUCACCGUAGCUACCGUCAUCAUUUUCGGUCGGAAUCGGCCCGAAAAACGGGAAAACCAACUCGUCAAUAUUGCGAAAUGGGAAAUACCAAUA